AUUAGCCACAGCCCACAAGCCUUCGUCCCCACCCGACAGCGACGUCACCAAACCGCGCCACCACCACCACCACCCGCCGCCGGAGCAGCGCCUCCUCCUCCUCCUCGCGCCAGUAUAAAUCCGGCCUCCCCCUCGCCGUGCCACUCACUCAUCCACCACCCAAAGACAAAGCAAGCAAGUACAGUAGCCAUGGCGAAGCAUCUCGCGCUGUCCGUGGCCGCCGCGGUGGCCGUGUCGUGGCUGGCGGCGUCGUCGGCGGCGGCGGCGGGGUUCUACGAGAAGUUCGACGUGGUGGGCGCCGGCGACCACGUGAGGGUGGUGAGCGACGACGGGAAGACGCAGCAGGUGGCGCUGACGCUGGACCGGAGCUCCGGGUCCGGGUUCACCUCCAAGGACACCUACCUGUUCGGCGAGUUCAGCGUCCAGAUGAAGCUCGUCGGCGGCAACUCCGCCGGCACCGUCACCUCCUUCUACCUCUCCUCCGGCGAGGGCGACGGCCACGACGAGAUCGACAUCGAGUUCAUGGGCAACCUCAGCGGCAACCCCUACGUCAUGAACACCAACGUCUGGGCUAAUGGCGACGGCAAGAAGGAGCACCAGUUCUACCUCUGGUUCGACCCCACCGCCGACUUCCACACCUACAAGAUCAUCUGGAAUCCCCAAAACAUCAUAUUCCAGGUGGACGACGUGCCGGUGAGGACGUUCAAGAAGUACGACGACCUGGCGUACCCGCAGAGCAAGCCGAUGAGGCUGCACGCGACGCUGUGGGACGGCAGCUACUGGGCGACGAGGCACGGCGACGUCAAGAUCGACUGGAGCGGCGCGCCGUUCGUGGUGUCGUACCGCGGGUACAGCACCAACGCGUGCGUCAACAACAAUCCCGCCGGCGGGUGGUCGUCGUCGUGGUGCCCCGAGGGCACGUCGGCGUGGAUCCACCGCGAGCUCGACGGCGCCGAGCUCGGCACCGUCGCGUGGGCCGAGCGCAACUACAUGUCCUACAACUACUGCGCCGACGGCUGGCGCUUCCCCCAGGGCUUCCCCGCCGAGUGCUACCGCAAGUGAUUUUGAACUCGAUCGAUUCAAAUCCUCCUCCAUUGAUGAGUUCUUGGCAAUGAUUUGUAAUUGCUUCUUGUUCUUGUUUUCGUCUUCGUCUUCGUCUUCUUCUUCUUGAUCCAUGUACAUUUUGCCAUCCAUUCGUUCUCCAUUUGUUACAGUUACAGAGACAGGUUGAUGGUGAAUUACUAUUGCCGCCAAUUUUUUUCUUCUUCUUGUUACUCGAUCCAAUUAUUACUACUAGAGUUCAUCUUGCACAGUUGGGCGGUGUGAAAAA